CGGGCCAAGGCUCGGUGGUGCAGUCGAGUCAGUCGGUCGGGCAGCUCGCACAGGGUGUGCCACACGAGCAGGUGCGUGCAUACCGUCGGUCAAAUCCGCUCCCUUCGACUCCAUGCAGUAGCCACCCCGUCGGUCGAAAAUCUAAAAGGAUGAAGUGGCUCUUACAACUGGUGCUAACGCUUUCAGUGACUUUCUGCUUCACAACCGCUCAAAAUCCAGAGGCAGCUGGUCGGGCGUCAUCAUGGAUCGGCGGUGCGGAGCACGAGGGUGCUCUGAGGGCCCUCAAGUGGCUCGAGGAGGCGCAGGACCUGGGCGACGGGGGCGGAGGUUGGGGCAGCGAUGCCCCCAGGGCCUUGCUCGCCCUGCAGCUAUCAAACUGUUCAUGGAUUCCCAAUGCCGGCAUGAAGGCUGAACUGGCCGCCACCAAACUAGAACUGCAAAUCGCCCUGCUCCUCUGGAGACACCACGAGCCGCCCAUCAGCCCUGGCAGACUGGCGCAGUACACGCUGGCCCUGGGGGCCAUGUGCAAGGACCCGCGGGACUUCCACGGACACGACCUAAUCAGCUUGCUGCUGCGACACGAGCCAGAGAGCGACUUUGAGUUCGCCUUCGUCACUUUGGCUGUCUGCAACUCGGGCAGCCACGCGCGGAAGAGGCACAUCAGAAGGCUUCUCGACGUCACCGGCGACACUGACAAACACUCUGCAGACACGCUGGCCAUGGUGGUGCUGGCCCUUCGGUGCGUGGCGCAGGAGCACCGGCACCGCGACCUUCUGCGGUUCGUGGCGCCGCCGGCGCUGGCCCUGGCCGCCUUGCAGCAGGCGGACGGCAGCUUCGGCAACCUGCACACCACCGCGCUCGCCAUGCAGGCGCUGGAGGGCGCGGGCGCGAUCGCCUGGGACCGUGGCGCCGCGAUGAACCUCGUGCUGUCCAGCCAGGCUCCCGACGGCUCCUUUGGCGACACGUUCACCACCACCGAAGUCGUGCUCGCCCUGCAGUCGAGGGGACUGGCGCAGGUGUCGCAGUGCAAGUGCAACAAGCCCAGACUCCCACCCUCUGACACAGAACUUGAAAAACUGACUCACGACACUGAGAUCAGUCUGCUGAACAUCGCCAAAGGUCCAAUCAUCGAGAGCUUCACCUACAAUAAUGAAGUUCCUCUCAUCGCCAUCACCUACACCCUGUGGGCCCAGCGGGGCGGCGAUGCUGCCGGUGACAUGAACGCCGAGGUCGAACUCAGGGUGCCGAACAACUCAACCUUUUUCCACGCCAUGCAGCUGGCUGCACAUUCAGACCCUCGUUUCACAUUUGAGUCGUCAGUGUGGCCGAACGGACACUAUAUUCACACCCUGGGUGGUUUGGAGGAGGACCCUUCCGAGUAUAGGUACUGGCUCCUCUACCUACUGAGUGAGAGAGCCGACCCCUCCCGACCACCAUCAAAGGACAAACUGACACCAAAAGGCGUUGACGAGAUGUUUGUUAAAGACGGAGACCACUUUUUAUUCUGGUACAAGAAACUAUAAAUCAAGUCUCGAGUCGGUGGGGCAGGAACUGUUCGUCCUGUUGCAGAAAAUCAAAUUACCGCGAGGUGCGUGUGCUGAAAGAGACAAUGCUGAAAAGGAAAGUGUCCAUCCACCAUUGGUAAAAUCAAGAAUAAGAGACGGAUUUUUCGAUUUCAGUUUUUUCCUGACCGCGCGCGCUGCUUUAUUUUCGGAGGAGAAAGUGUGAGCUUCUAAAUUUGCAAACGCACACGAUUCUGUUUUAGAUAUACUGCUUUUUUUGGAUAUUGCGCGUGUUGUAAGAGCAAAAACACCAUCAUUGAACGUGUAUACUCAAACGUGCGGAGCAUUUUUUCGUUGUAUUGUAAAUCAUACUAACGCAGAAGCAGCAGCAGCAAAUUUGUAUAAUACGCGCAUAAGCAAAGUGUCAGGAGAGUGGAGCGAAUUCGAGGGGCCGCUUCGCAGCUUGUACCUAGAGUUUUAGGACAUAUGUAUUGUACUGUAUUAUUGUGUAGCGUUGUUUGUGACAAUAAGAGGACGAUUCCUUCUCGAUAUUUUGCCCAUUCGUUAUUCUUUCCGAAGUGAGCUAGAGCCUAUUAUCGUUUCGAAUUUGUUGCGAAAAACGCGCUGAGAUGCAGCAUCCAGACGGCCAAAUUACUUAAGCUUUGAAAGACGGAAAUUCUUCUAUAUAUUCCAUUACCAGCUGCUUAGCUAUAUGAAAACUGCUUCCUAUUGCGAUACAAAAAUUAGGCGAAAAAUUACUGUGCUAUUAUCCGCCGAAAUUUCCGUUUCACUGGAGCCAAGUUUUUCCGUGGAAUUAGCCAGCGUAAAUCCUCAUCAUUCAAGACCCAACUGCACCAACUGUUCAUUUACAAGGAUCAAGCUUCUUCGCUCUGAUUUCGGAUUCAAUCCUGCGACUGUUCAUUCUAGACGUGGCAAAAGGAACUGAAAACCAAAAUCGGUUCAUCUAAUGGGAACAUGGGGAAAUUUUUCAAUUAAAUAAUCCUUUUAGUUUCGUUUCUGCAUCGAUUUUAGCUGUCAACCAGCUGUCAAAGGAGUUUUUCAUAUCUAUAGGACGCCAAAUAGGAUUGAAUUUAAAAUCGGAUUGGAAGUAAGUGAAUAGUGGCUUCAAACGUUAAGGAUUUUUGCAAAUGGCUAAUCAUCCACAGUAUACACACGCAUUUCCUGCUGAAUGUCUAAAUGUGGACGAGACGUAGAUUGUCAUUCCAAUAUAUUUUGAGAAAUCGCAGGUUGAAGUAGUUAUCUAAUCGGCGGCAAUACGUAAAUAACCAAAGUGCGAGAUGAUUAUAUAAGAGUAAAAAUUGUAAGUGGACAAACAAAAUCGCUGUUUAGCCGAAUAUUAUCAUGUAACCCCUACUGAGAUACUAACCGACAGAAAAAAUGUCACAACCUAUCGUAGCACUUAAAUCGUACUUCUCGUUGAAUAGCUUGUUCGCAGUCUGUGUACUUUCGUUCCGAGUUGAAAAGAUAAAUAUAAUGUCGAAGAAAUGCUGUGCUGCAUCGCCUGUUCAUUCUGAAAGAGAAAAAAAUAAUAUUGUGUAGGCAGUAGAGACCACCAUUGUAUGAUUUCUGGAGCAAGUUGCGGUUGAUUGAUUUUUGAAGACUGUACAUACCAAGAAAUGGUUUUUAUAACAAUUGCAUCUCAAGCGUAUUUGACAAAAAAAGCAAAACAACGUGUCCUACGCACGAUGAUAUAUGUAUAUAUUUUACUAUAUGAUUGAAAAUAAAUUCUCAUCCGCUUGUUUGCCAUUCCUCUCGACAUCACACUGCUAUUUUGCAAGCAUAAAUUCGGCGCAUUGACCUAUUUUCAUUGACGAGUAAAUUGUGAUUCGAUGGUAAUAAUUGUUUUGUUGUUAAUUGCGCUUGCUGUUUUUGUCGAGAUGCCAAAAACAAUAAAAAUAUUUAUGAUUGGAA